AGCUGGUUUCUUGUGAACAAAUAAAAAAAUGGUUAAUUGUUUAUGGAUAACCUUAAAAUUUUAUGAAUGAAGUUUUAUUUGGUCCAAUAGUAGCAAAGAAUAGUAGUUUCAUAUAUUCACAAUGUCUUUACUUUUAAAUUCUUUACUGAAAAUUUCAUUUAAUCCAAACUUUCGGUGUGUACUACCAUGCCGGAAUUUACAUUUUACUCAAGUAAGAACAUUAUACUCCCCUGCAGCACUGGGUGUCGAUAAUUAUCUUCAAACAAGGAAAAAAGUUAAGGAACAAUUUGCCAGUUUUACUGACAAAUUUCGGACCAAAAUGAAUGAUUACACUAAUGAUCCCAAAAACAUGAUUUUUACUGAAGACUUGAAAAAUAUGGUACAUUUAGCAGAACCUACUGACAUAGAACUUGUCUUAAAAAUGAUAAAGAAGUUUAACACACAAUCAUCUGAGUACAGAUUUGGUUCAUUUGUUUUUGGGCCUGUUGUGAUGAGAAUGUUCCAUUUUCUUGAUGCACCCCUGGAAGCAUUGCAGUGUUUUGAAGAUCCAAAUAAUGGUGGUUUCUUUGAUCAGUUGGUGUCAUUCCACAUUCUCUUAGAUCUCCUGUACAGUCACCAAAUGUAUGAUGAGAUGUAUAGGGUGUUUGAGAGAAUAAAAGAAAAACAAAUUAGUAUGUCAAAGUACCCCAAGUAUCCAGUUGUAUUGAUACUGGCAGCAUGUUAUAAACAGAAUACUCUACAAAGUUUGGAUUACGCAUCCAAGUUAUGGAUAGAUAUGACAGCAGUUGGAACAGUCCCGGUCAGAAGAGCUUGCACAUUUUUUGCUGCACUCGCCCUGAAUCAAGGCGCGCCACACAUUGCGCUUGAGUCAAUAUCCUCACAGAAACAACAUUACGUCACUAUUAGGAAUAUAAAGGCGACUGCGCUAGCGGACAUGGGCCGCGUGGAAGACGCGUUGCCAGUUUUAAGGGCCGUUUUGGAAAUCGACGCACCCGAACAAAAAGACAAACACACAUAUUUCAAAGAAACUAUAUUAAAAGUAAAACAAGCUGUUGACAAAUGCAACAAUAAAGACCUACAAAAGGAAUUUGAACACAUUGAAAAGGCACUUAUUGAUCGGAACCUUAUUGACAGUAAGCAAACAUUGGAGAAUCUUCUCAACGCAGAGAUAUCGACUCAAAAAUCAAGAACAGAGCCUCGAGGGAUGCCCUUUUCAGCCAGGCGAAUGCCGUUCGGAAUGCGCCAGCAAACGGUGAAGAAAGUCAUGUCAUAGUUUAGUCAGAGCCAUAUUGCAAAAGCCGGCAUAAUAAGGGCGACUGAAGAAAAUGGUGGCUUAACGCCUGUCGACGUUUCUUGAGUUGUAUUGUUUUUACAGAGGAGUAUAGUUGUUGCCGUGCAUUUAAAAUGUAUUUAUUUCCAAAUCAAGCUGGUCACUAGUUGGAUUUUGUAAAUAUGCGUGGAUGAAUGUUUUGCGAUAUUGUUUGCAUGGUAUAUUUGUUGAUAGUGCAAUAGUACAAAAAUAAUUAUUGAAAAUAAAUAAAUACACAGGA